CUCCCUCCCAUUAUAUAUAUAUUCACCUUUUUCACCUUCAGGGCUCAAUCUCACUAAGAUUUGAUUUAAGAGGCCCCGUUUUAAACACACAUAACAUAAAUCAAAUUUAGAAUUAUGGCAUCUCCACCAGAUACAAGCAAAUCCAUAAAGCUUCUACGUUACCAGAGCUACAUCCGAAGGGUCAACAGCUCCAAGCUCCUCAAAGCAUCUUCCAAGAUUCUCUUCCGAUCUACGCUUAUAGCUGCUCUUAUCCUACUCAUCUUCUUCACCCUCCACAACCCUCCCAUCUCAUCCGAAUCCCCUCACUUUCACUCCCACACUAACUUCCUCUCCUCUGCCUUCUUCGGCGGGGGCGGCGCGGUCUGGGAGAAGCAGGUCCACCGCUCUGCCACGACGCACCGCUCCGGCGGAAUGACGGUCCUAGUCACCGGCGCCGCGGGUUUCAUUGGAGCGCACUGCUCGUUGGCUCUUAAGAAACGUGGCGACGGUGUCUUGGGCCUGGACAACUUCAACGACUACUAUGACCCGUCGUUGAAGCGCGCCAGGCAGGCCCUACUGUCGAAGCACGAGAUCUUCAUCGUGGAAGGUGACUUAAACGACAAGCCGUUACUCAUCAAGCUCUUCGACGUCGUUCCGUUCACGCACGUGCUUCACCUAGCUGCGCAAGCCGGAGUUCGUUACGCCAUGCAAAACCCGCAAUCCUACGUGGCAUCCAACGUCGCGGGAUUCGUAAACCUUCUAGAAGUUUCCAAGGAAGUGAACCCCCAACCUGCCAUUGUUUGGGCCUCUUCCAGCUCCGUCUACGGACUCAACACCGAGAACCCUUUCUCGGAGCUCCACCGUACGGACCAGCCUGCGAGCCUCUACGCCGCCACGAAGAAAGCCGGCGAGGAGAUCGCGCACACGUACAACCACAUCUAUGGACUCUCCCUCACCGGAUUAAGAUUCUUCACGGUGUAUGGACCUUGGGGGAGACCUGACAUGGCUUACUUCUUCUUCACGAAGGACAUACUUCAGGGGAAGACCAUUGAUGUCUAUCAGACGCAGGAGGACAAGGAGGUGGCGCGUGACUUCACGUACAUAGAUGACGUGGUGAAGGGGUGCCUGGGAGCGCUGGACACUGCAGAGAAGAGUACCGGGAGCGGUGGGAAGAAGCGGGGACCGGCGCAACUUAGGGUUUACAACCUCGGGAACACGUCGCCGGUGCCGGUGGGGAAGUUGGUUGCUAUAUUAGAAGGGUUGCUGAACGUGAAGGCAAAGAAGCACGUGAUUAAGAUGCCACGAAACGGCGACGUUCCGUUCACGCACGCUAAUGUGAGUUUGGCUAAUCAAGAUUUUGGAUAUAAGCCCACUACCGACCUUGCCGCCGGCCUCAGGAAGUUUGUUAAGUGGUACGCUGGCUAUUAUGGUGUUCAACUAGGGGCAAAAAAGGGAAAUAAUUAGUCACUGAAAAUUUAUUUUUUCUAUAAUGUGAUUAUACUUGAUUUUUAUAGAAAUAUGCCAUGAGUAUAUAAAUGUUUGUAAACCUAAAUCAUACAAACAUUUCUAUCGAAACUGGACUGGUUGAUUGAGCUUUUUUUUUUAAUUAUUAUUUGUAUUUGUUUUUAUAUGGAAUUAUUGUGAUUUUUUGUUGGGGGAGAGAAAGGAGGUGGUGGUGGUGAGAGUUAUGUGUUGUGUGGUCCACUCCAUAGUUUGAAGCGUGAAUCAUGGAGGAGAUGAGAUGAUGAGAGAGGAUUGAUUGAUACAUAUAUAUAAAUGUGGAGUGUAGAAGGAGGAGACAAACUUAAUGUGAGAUAAAACAGAAAGCAAACGCAAGAAAGGACGAAGGACGAUGAGCCAAGGAAAAGCCAAGUGUAUAUGUUUCUGUCUGUGAGCUGGAACAAUGAAGAGGUGGGGUACCUUUCCUAUGUUAUGGAUCGUGUAAUAAUUUCCAUGUUUUUUAAUCUGAUGGCUAUGUAUACAACUAUACAUACAAUAAAUUGUGA